UAAAAAAGAAACCAUAUCUCAUUUUUUGGUUUGGAUAAUGAUUUGGUAAGAAGUAAACAGCCCCUAUAUUUUGAAGUUUAUUCCGGGCGGGGUAGGCGGGUAGGAACCACUGUGCUAAACCGGAUCCACAGCAUUCAUACUCUCCUAUCCACGGAGGUUGCAGCCAUGGCUUCACACGUCUUGCCUACGACCCGAGUUAUGCUUCCAUUACCUAAGUCACUACGUCUGGCAUCACUGAGUUCAUUUCAUGCUCCCAAAGUUUCUCUGUCUACCAGCUUUUUCUCCCCCUUCGCCGGCGGCAAUUUACGUUCGGAUUUUCCGGGUCAUAAGAUAGUAAGACCGGAUUACCUUAACCCGUCUCCUGCUAGCUCCCGCCCUAAACGCGGCGUUGUCACUAUGGUUAUUCCUUUCUCAGAGGGAAGUGCUUCUGACCAACCUCCUCCAGAUUUAGCGUCUUACUUUUUUGAGAAUCGAAUUGUUUAUUUAGGCAUGACUCUGGUUCCUUCUGUGACUGAAUUAAUAGUAGCAGAAUUUCUAUACCUUCAGCAUGAAGAUGCAGACAAACCAAUUUUCCUUUAUAUUAAUUCCACUGGGACAACUAAG